AUGCUGCUUCCUGCCUUUCUCUUUGGGAUGCUGUGGGCUCUGGCUAAGGGGCGCUGGUGUGAGCAGACAGAGACCAUCCUUGUGGAAGAGGAAGUAACUCCUCGUCAGGAGGACCUGGUACCCUGCACUAGUUUGUACCAUUAUAGCCGGCUAGGCUGGCGGCUGGACCUGCCCUGGAGUGGCCGUGCAGGGCUCACUGGGCCCCCAGCACCUGGGCUCUGUGCCAUCUACAAACCCCCGGAAACUCGGCCUGCUGCUUGGAACCGGACGGUGAGGGCUUGCUGUCCAGGAUGGGGGGGUGCUCACUGCACAGAUGCCCUUGCUGAAGCCAACCCUAAAGGCCAGUGCUUUGUCACAUGGCAGUGCCAACCUCUAGCAGGCUCAGCUAAUUCUACGGCAGGAAGCCUGGAGGAAUGCUGUGCCCAACCCUGGGGGCACAGCUGGCGGGACAGCAACUCCCAGAUGUGUCUCAGCUGUUCUGGUCGGCACCUUCCAGGCAAUGCUUCCUCUGAAGCCCUCCUGCAGCCCCUGGCGGGGGCUAUAGGCCAGCUCUGGAGCCAGCGCCAGCGUCCCUCAGCCACCUGUGCCACCUGGUCCGGCUUCCACUACCAAACCUUUGACGGCCGUCACUACCACUUCCUGGGCCGAUGCACCUACUUGCUAGCUGGUGCUAUGGAUUCCACCUGGGCUGUCCACCUCAGGCCUAGGGUCCACUGUAGCCAACCUGGACACUGUUGGCUGGUUCAGGUGAUGAUGGGUCCUGAGGAGGUGUUGAUUAAAAAUGGAGAGGUCUCUGUGAAUGGCCAGCCAGUGCCUGUUGGGGAGCCUCGGCUGCUCCACGGGCUGAGCCUGCAGUGGCAGGGGGACUGGCUGGUGCUCUCCGGGGGCCUGGGGGUUGUUGUGAGACUGGACAGGUCCAGUUCCAUCUCCAUCUCCGUGGACUAUGAAUUCUGGGGACAGACGCAGGGCCUCUGUGGGCUUUACAAUGGCCGGCCAGAGGAUGACUUUGUGGAGCCAGGAGGGGGGCUGGCUAUGCUGGCUUCUACCUUUGGGAACUCAUGGAGGCUCCCUGGCUAUGAGCCUGGGUGUCUGGAUACGGUGGAGGUGGCCCGGGGCUGUGAGGGCCUCCUGGAAGGCACACAGGCCGGCUUGGAAGCUGGCAAGCUUCAAGCUCAAGCUCAGGACGUGUGCCACCAACUCCUGGAGGAUCCAUUCUGGCAGUGUCACGGACAGGUUCCCCCAGAUGAGUACCAUGAGACCUGCCUCUUCGCCUACUGUGUUGGAGCUGCAGCAGGCAGUGGCCCAGAGGGGCAACUGGAAGCUGUAUGUGCCACCUUUGCCAACUAUGCCCAGGCCUGUGCCAGGCAGGACAUCUAUGUGCACUGGAGGAAGCCUGGCUUCUGUGAACACCCGUGUCCAGGGGGCCAGCUCUACUCUGAUUGUGUCUCAUCCUGCCCACCCAGCUGUUCAGCAGUAGCCCAGGGCGAGGAGGGGCCUUGUGGGAAAGAAUGUGUGAGUGGCUGUGAGUGUCCGACAGGCCUCUUCUGGGAUGGUGCCCUCUGUGUGCCUGCUGCCCACUGCCCCUGCUACCACCGGCGCCAGCGCUACGCCCCUGGUGACACUGUGAACCAGCAGUGCAACCCUUGUGUGUGUCAGGACGGCCGCUGGCACUGUGCCCAGGCCCUGUGCCCUGCUGAGUGUGCAGUGGGCGGUGAUGGGCAUUACAUCACCUUUGAUGGGCGGAGCUUCUCCUUCAGGGGCCAUCCAUCCUGCCACUACAGCCUGGUGCAGGACUCUGGCAAAGGCCAGCUGCUGGUUGUGUUGGAACAUGGGUCCUGUGACGCUGGAAGCUGCCUUCAUGCCCUCUCUGUCUUCCUGGGGAACACCCACAUUCAGCUCAGAUCCUCAGGAGCAGUGCUGGUGGACGGGCGGGAUGUGGACUUGCCCUGGAUUGCUGCUGAGGGCUUCAAUGUUUCCCACGCCUCUUCUACAUUCUUGCUGUUGCGCUGGCCCGGGGCCUGGGUUCUCUGGGGAGUUGCUGACCCUGCAGCAUACAUCACCCUGGACCCCCGUCAUGCCUACCAGGUGCAGGGUCUGUGUGGCACCUUCACCUGGAAGCAGCAGGAUGACUUUGUGACACCCGCUGGAGACAUAGAGACCCAUGUCACAGCCUUUGCCAGCAAGUUCCAAGUGUCAGGUGAUGGACGGUGCCCCUUGGUGGACAACACACCGCUGUCCUCCUGCAGCACCUACUCCCAGCGCCUUACUUUCGCAGAGGCAGCCUGUGCCAUCCUGCACGGCCCCACUUUUCAGGCAUGUCAUGGGCUAGUAGACAGGGAACCAUUCCGACUGAGGUGUUUGGAGGCUGUGUGUGGCUGUGCCCCUGGCAGGGACUGCCUGUGCUCCGUGCUCUCUGCCUAUGCACGCCGCUGCGCCCAGGAGGGCGUCCUGCUCCAAUGGAGGAAUGAGACCCUAUGCCCUGUCCUGUGUCCUGGUGGCCAGGAGUACCAGGAGUGUGCCCCAGUGUGUGGCCACCGUUGUGGGGAUCCAGAAGAUUGUAAAGAGCUUGGCAUCUGUGUGGCUGGCUGUAACUGUCCCCCAGGACUGCUGUGGGACCAUGAGGGCCAGUGUGUCCCGCCCGGCCUGUGCCACUGUCAGCUUGGAGGCCAUCAUCACGCCUUUGGCACCACCACCACUAUGAAAGGCUGCAGCCACUGUGUCUGCCGGGAGAGGGGCCUCUGGAACUGCACAGCCCUCCACUGCCCCCCACAGCGGGCGCUCUGCCCCCAGGACCUCAUCUAUGCUCCUGGUGCGUGCCUUCUCACCUGUGACAGCCUCAGUGUCAACUAUUCCUGUCUGGCUGGAAGCACUGACGGCUGUGUCUGUCCCCUGGGCACUGUGCUGCUGGACAAGCGCUGCGUGCCUCCUGAUCUUUGCCCCUGUCGUCACAAUGGGCAAUGGUACCCACCCAACACUACCAUCCAGGAAGACUGCAGCGUUUGUGUGUGCCAGGGCCAGCGGUGGCAGUGCACAGGCCAGAGGUGCAGUGGAUGGUGCCAGGCAUCUGGCGCCCCCCACUAUGUGACAUUCGAUGGGCUGGCCCUCACCUUUCCUGGGGCCUGCGAGUACCUGCUGGUGAGGGAGGCUGGUGGCCGCUUCAGUGUCUCCAUCCAGAACCUGCCUUGCGGGGCCAGCGGCCUCACGUGUACCAAGGCGUUGGCUGUGCGUCUGGACAGCACUGUCGUGCACAUGCUUAGAGGCCAGGCAGUAACAGUGAAUGGAGUGAGCAUAAAGCUCCCCAAAGUCUACACAGGCCCCGGGCUGAGCCUGCACCACGCUGGCCUCUUCCUGCUGUUGACUACGCGCCUGGGUCUCACGCUGCUCUGGGACGGAGGCACUCGGGUUCUGGUACAGCUGUCCCCCCACUUCCAUGGUCGUGUGUCUGGGCUGUGUGGAAACUUUGAUGGUGAUGCCGGCAAUGACCUGCGGAGCCGCCAAGGAGUCCUGGAGCCCACGGCAGAGCUGGCUGCGCACUCCUGGCGCCUCAACCCACUGUGCCCUGAGCCAGGAGAUCUGCCACACCCCUGUAUGGUGAAUGCCCAUCGGGCGAACUGGGCCCGGGCCCGCUGUGGGGUGAUACUGCAGCCACUCUUUGCCCCAUGCCACACAGAGGUGCCCCCACAGCAGCACUAUGAGUGGUGUGUGUAUGACGCCUGCGGGUGUGACACAGGGGGUGACUGUGAAUGCCUCUGCUCAGCCAUUGCCGCGUAUGCUGAGGAGUGUGCCCGGCACAGACAUCCUGUGCGUUGGCGCAGCCAGGAACUCUGCCCCCUACAGUGUGAAGGAGGUCAGGUAUAUGAAGCCUGUGGUUCUCCAUGUCCCCCCGCCUGCCAUGACCAUCCUUCUGAGCCCAGAUGGCACUGCCAGGCUAUCGCUUGUGUGGAAGGCUGCUUCUGCCCCGAGGGGACGCUGCUGCAUGGAGGCGCCUGUGUGGAGCUGGCUGCCUGUCCCUGCGAGUCAGGGGGAGGUUUCUUCCCACCAGGGACUGUGCUGCAAAAGGACUGUGGAAACUGCACGUGUCAGGAAAGUCAGUGGCACUGUGAAGGUGCCGGUGCGCCGUGUGAGGAGACGGAACCUGGCUGUGCGGAAGGAGAGGCACUGUGCAGAGAGAGUGGGCACUGCGUGCCACUUGAGUGGCUUUGCGACAACCAGGACGACUGUGGUGACAGUUCAGAUGAGGAGGGCUGUGCCACCUCGGGCUGUGGGGAGGGGCAGAUAGCUUGCCAGUCUGGCCACUGCCUGCCCCUGUCCCUGCUCUGUGAUGGGCAGGAUGACUGUGGAGAUGGCACAGAUGAGCGGGGGUGCCUGUGUCCCCUUGGCUCUCUGGCCUGUGCUGACGGCCGCUGCCUGCCGCCGGCCCUGUUGUGUGAUGGCCACCCCGACUGUCUGGAUGGUGCAGAUGAAGAGUCCUGUCUGGGGCAGGCGAGCUGCAUCUCUGGAGAGGUAUCUUGUGUUGACGGCACGUGCAUUAGGACCAUCCAGCUGUGCGAUGGAGUUUGGGACUGCCCAGAUGGAGCUGAUGAGGGGCCUGGCUACUGCUCUCUGCCAUCUCUGCCUACUCCCCCUGCUGACAUUGGGCAGAACCCUUCCACCAGCUCCCUGGAUAUGGCACCGAGUCCUACGGGUAGUGCCAGCCCUGCAUUCCCCUGCGGCCUCUUUGAGUUCCGGUGCAGCAGUGGAGAAUGCACCCCUCAGGGCUGGCGCUGUGACCAGGAGGAAGACUGCACAGAUGGCAGUGAUGAGCUGGACUGUGGGCCCUGCCUGCUGUCCCAGGUGCCCUGUGCCCACAGCCCACACUGCGUGUCCCCGGAACAGCUGUGUGAUGGCGUAACACAGUGCCCUGAUGGUUCAGAUGAGGACCCCAGUGCUUGCGAGGAGCUGUCAGCCCCAGGAGGCCCUAACAGGACAAGAGUUCCCUGCCCAGAAUUCUCCUGCCCAAAUGGCACCUGCAUUGAUUUCUUGCUGGUUUGCGAUGGGAAUCCAGACUGUGAGUUGGCAGAUGAUGCAGAGCUCUCCCUGGAUGAGCAGGGUUGUGGGGCUUGGGGCUCCUGGGGUCCGUGGGAGCCAUGCAGUCAGACCUGCGGGCCUGGCACACAGGGGCGGAAUCGACACUGCUCCGCACCCGAUCUCCCAGUGCUACAGAACUGCCCAGGCCCGCAGCACCAGUCACAGGCCUGCUUCACGGAGGCCUGCCCAGUGGACGGUGAAUGGGGCUCCUGGUCUCCCUGGUCUCUGUGUUCUGAACCCUGUGGGGGCACCAUGAUGCGGCAUCGGCAGUGCCGCCCACCUCAGAACGGGGGCAAGGACUGUGCGCUACUGCCUGAGAGCCCUGGUAGCAUCCACCAGACCAAUCCCUGUCCCCAGGAAGGCUGCCCCAAUGCCACUUGCUUCAGGCAGUUGGUAUUCAGGCCCUGUGCUCCCUGCCCUUUGACUUGUGAUGACAUUUCGGGUCAGGCUAUGUGCCCACCUGACAGGGCCUGCAGCAGCCCAGGUUGCUGGUGCCCAGAAGGCCAGGUGCUGGGCACUGAGGGGCUGUGUGUGAGACCCAGUCAAUGCCCCUGCCUGGUGGAUGGUACCCGUUACUGGCCUGGGCAACGCAUCAAGAUGGGCUGCCAGCUCUGCUUCUGCCAGGAUGGCCGACCACGUCGCUGCCGGCCCAAUCCAGAAUGUGCUGUGGAUUGUGGCUGGUCUUCCUGGUCCCCCUGGGCAGAGUGCCUGGGCCCCUGCAGCAGCGAGAGCCUCCAGUGGUCCUUCCGGAGCCCCAACAACCCACGCCUCUCUGGCCGAGGUCGCCAGUGCCGUGGUAUCCACCGAAAAGCCCGCAGGUGCCAGACGGAGUCUUGUGAGGGCUGUGAGCAGUGGGGCCUCAUGCACCGUGUCGGGGAGCGCUGGCGUGGGGGCCCCUGCGUGGUGUGUGAGUGUCUGCACGGGGCUAUCACACGCUGCUCCCCCUACUGCCCCCUGAGCGGCUGCCCCCAGGGCUGGGUCCUGAUGGAGGGGAUGGGAGAAUCGUGCUGCCACUGUGCGCUGCCUGGAAAGAACCAGACAUCGGUCCCCAUGGCCACUCCUGGCCCCACCCUCAGCCCGGAGCCCGGAGCCCCUCUCGUCACCCAUGUUCUGCCUCCCUUGGGAGAUGCCUGCUAUUCUCCCCUGGGCCCGGUCCGACUGCCCAUGAGGGCACCCUCCCAGCACCCAGAACCCACCGCCUGGGCUGCUGCCGUGGGAGCUCCCAUUGAGGAGCCUGGCCCUGGAGAGGGUGCUUAUGCUGAGUGGCACACCCAGCCACUCUACCUGCAGCUGGACCUGCUGCAGCCUCGGAACCUAACUGGCAUCAUGGUGCAGUGGGCUGGCUCCUCUGCUGCUUACGUCAGCAGCUUGUCCUUCCAGUUCAGCAGCGAUGGCCUACAGUGGCAUGACUAUCUCCACUCUCUGCCUCGUACCCUGCGUCCACCCACGCUUUCCCCGGAGAGCUGGGACCAUACGGCCCCUGAGGUAUGGACAUUCGGCCAGAUGGUACAAACAAGGUACGUCCGGGUGUGGCCACACAACAGCCACCACAGCAACAGCGACGAGCGCGGUAUCUUCCUGCGGGUGGAGCUGCUGGGCUUGUCCCCACCGGCACCCCCGUGUCCGGGGAGUGGACACCGCUGUGCCAGCGGUGAGUGUGCCCUGCAGGGUGGACUGUGUGAUGGUACUAAGGACUGUGAGGAUGGCUCUGAUGAGGAGGGCUGUGCGCCCCUUCAUGGAGGGACCACUAGCAGAGUCCAUUCCACAGCCAGGACCCAGGCCCUUUCCUCCACUCAGCCUGGAAAGUUUCCAUCCCAGCCCCGGGAGGUUCUGGCAGACACCGAGCACCAGAAGCCUGAGCAGGAGUUAUCUGUACCUAGUACAGGUACAGUAGGUCCCAUCCGUGCUCCUGAGACUCCUCUGCCUGUUUCAGAGCAAUCUAUGCAGACAGUGACCACCAUCUCCACCCUUCCUCCUGGCGCCGAGAGCCUACACCCAGGAAUGGCUGCUGUGACAGUGCGUCCCCCAUAUUCAGUCACGCCAGGAACUCCAGUUGGCCGAAGUGUCACCCCCAGGCCCUUCCCACCCACGCACUGUGACCCUGGGCAGAUGCCCUGUGACGUGCUAGGCUGUGUGGCACAGGAGCGGCUGUGUGACGGGACGGAGGACUGUCUUGAUGGCUCCGAUGAGCAGCACUGCGCAAGUGCUUGGCCCUUCACUGUGCCCACCACUGCCCUGCCUGGGUUGCCAGCCUCAAGGCCCCUUUGCUCCUCAAGUCAGCUGAGCUGUGGCAGUGGGGAAUGCCUGCCCCGUGAGCAGCGCUGUGACCUGCAACUGAACUGCCAGGAUGGCUCUGAUGAAGACAACUGUGUGGACUGUGUGUUGGCACCUUGGUCUGGCUGGAGCGACUGCAGCCGCAGCUGUGGCCUGGGCCUCAUCUUCCAACGUCGGGAGCUCCUGAGACCUCCCCUGCCUGGAGGCAGCUGUCUGAUGGACCAGCUCCGUAGCCAGUCCUGCUUCGUACAAGCCUGCCCAGUGGCUGGGGCGUGGGCAGAGUGGGGACCCUGGGAGCCCUGCAGUGUCUCCUGUGGAGGUGGCCAUCAGAGUCGCCAGAGGAGCUGUGUGGACCCCCCACCCAAGAAUGGUGGUGACCCCUGCCCUGGGCCGUCCCAUGAGAGGGUGCCCUGCAGCUUGCAGCUCUGCCCAGGUGACACAGACUGUGAGCCAGGCCGUGUACAUGUGAGUGCUGAGCUGUGCCAGAGGGGACUCGUACCCCCAUGUCCACCCUCCUGCCUGGACCCUGAAGGCAACAGGAGCUGCAGCGGGCACUGUAUGGAAGGAUGCCGCUGCCCUCCUGGGCUCCUCCUCCAGGACUCCCGCUGCUUGCCUCUCUCUGAAUGCCCCUGCCUGGUAGGCCAGGACCUGAGGCAGCCCAGGCUGCCCUUCCUGCUGGACAACUGCAGCCAAUGCACGUGUGAGAAUGGGAUACUGCUGUGUAAGCCAGGGGGCUGCGCCCAGUCCUGUGGCUGGUCUGCCUGGUCCCCUUGGACUCCCUGUGACCGCUCCUGUGGCUCUGGAGUGAGGGCCAGGUUCAGGUCCCCCUCCAACCCUCCUGUGGCGUUUGGAGGUGCCCCAUGUGACGGUGACAGGCGGGAGCUGCAGGCCUGCUUCACAGGGUGUGGGACAGAGAUACCAGGCUGGACGCCUUGGACGUUGUGGUCCUCCUGCUCCCAGAGCUGCCUUGUCCCCGGGGGAGACCCUGGCUGGAGGCAGCGUUCUCGGCUGUGCCCUAGCUCCAGGGAUUUACUCUGUCCUGGAGAAGCCACCCAGGAGGAGCCCUGCAGCCUGCCUGUGUGCCUAGUGCCAAGUGCCUGGGGAUUGUGGGCUUCCUGGUCCACCUGCUCAGCCUCCUGCAAUGGCGGCACCCAGAUUCGUGGGCGCAGCUGCUCUGGCUUUGCUCCUGGGAACCUUGUGUGCCCAGGACCCCACACUCAGACCAGAGACUGCAACAUGCAUCCGUGCACAGCCCAGUGCCCAGGAAACAUGGUGUUCCGCUCAGCAGAGCAGUGUCACAAGGAGGGGGGUCCGUGCCCCCAGUUGUGCCUGGCGCAGGACCCCGGGGUGGAGUGCACUGGCUCCUGUGCCCCAGGCUGCAGCUGUCCUCCUGGCCUCUUCCUGCACAAUGCUAGUUGCCUGCCCCGCAGCCGGUGCCCCUGCCAGCUGCAUGGGCAGCUCUAUGCGCCAGGAGGAGUGGCUCGCCUGGACUGCAACAACUGCACCUGCAUCUCUGCUGAAAUGGUGUGCACGUCGGAGCUCUGUCCAGUGGCCUGUGGCUGGAGCCCCUGGACUCCGUGGAGUCCGUGCAGCCGAAGCUGUGACGUGGGUAUUCGACGGCGCUUCAGAGCAGGCUCUGCACCGCCAGCUGCCUUUGGGGGUGCCGAAUGCCAAGGCCCCAACAUAGACGCUGAAUUCUGCAGUUUGAGGCCAUGCCGCGGACCCGGUGCAGAGUGGGGUUCCUGGACUCCAUGCUCAGUGCCCUGUGGCGGUGGCUACAGAAACCGCACUCAAGGUGGUGGCCCACAUGCCCCCAUCGAGUUCUCUGCCUGCAGCCUGCAGCCCUGUGCAGGACCAGUGCCAGGAGUGUGUCCCAAAGGCCAGCAGUGGCUGGAUUGUGCCCAGGACCCUGCCUCCUGUGCCCAUCUCAGCACCCCUCGAGAGGCUAAUCAGACCUGCCACCCUGGCUGCUACUGCCUCUCUGGAAGGCUCCUGCUGAACAGUGUGUGUGUGCCUGCCCAGGACUGCCCCUGUGUCCACAGGGGGCGGCUUCACCCCCCAGGCAGUGCCUUGGUUUAUCCAUGUGAGAACUGCUCCUGCAUCUCUGGGCUCGUCACCAACUGCAGCUCCUGGCCUUGCGAGGAAGGGCAGCCUGCGUGGUCACCCUGGACCCCGUGGAGUGUGUGCUCAGCCUCCUGCAGCCCUGCCCAACGCCACCGGCACCGCUUCUGUGCCAGGACCCCCAGCAUGGCACCCUUCAGCCUGCCUCUGCUGGCCACAGUGGCUGUCCCCACAGCCCUCUGCCCAGGCCCUGAGUUUGAGGAAGAGCCAUGCCUCCUGCCAGGAUGUGAUCAAGCAGGCGGCUGGAGUCCUUGGGGCCCCUGGUCGGGCUGUAGUCGGAGCUGUGGAGGAGGCCUGCGGAGCCGGACUCGAGCCUGUGGCCAGCCACCACCCCAAGGCCUGGGGGAUUUCUGUGAGGGACCUCAGGCCCAGGGGGAGGCCUGCCAGGCUCAGCCAUGCCCAGUGACCAACUGCAGCACCAUUGAAGGGGCACAGUACAGCCCCUGUGGCCCCCCUUGUCCCCGCUCCUGUGACGACCUUGUGCACUGUGUGUGGCAUUGCCAGCCGGGCUGCUACUGUCCCCCAGGCAAGGUACUGAGUGCUGAUGGGACCAUCUGUGUGCAGCCCAGUCACUGCAGCUGCUUAGACCUGCUGACGGGGCAGCGCCACCAUCCAGGCACUCAGCUGAUGAAGCCUGAUGGCUGUAACCACUGCACCUGCAUGGAGGGGAAGCUCAACUGCACAGACCUGCCCUGCCAAGUGCCUGGAGGCUGGUGCCUGUGGUCAGAGUGGACAGCAUGCUCCCGGCCCUGCAGGGGCCAGACAAGAACCCGCGCCAGGGCCUGCGUCUGCCCUGCUCCCCAGCACGGGGGUGCCCCAUGCCCCGAGGAGGCAGGGGGAACAGGAGUGCAGCACCAAACGGAGGCCUGCCCUAACUCCACUGUGUGCCCAGUGGAUGGAGCCUGGAGCCCUUGGGGACCGUGGUCUCCCUGUGACGCGUGCCUGGGGCAGUCCCACCGGAGCCGGGCAUGCAGCCAUCCUCCCCCCUCUGACGGAGGCAGGCCUUGUCCUGGGGGCCACCAGCAGAGUCGCCCUUGUCGGAACAGUUCCGCCCUGUGCACAGACUGUGGAGGGGGACAGGAACUCUUACCUUGUGGGCAGCCUUGUCCUCACUCCUGCCAGGACCUGUCCCUUGGCACCACAUGCCAGCCAGGCUCGGCGGGCUGUCAGUCUGGCUGUGGGUGUCCCUCAGGCCAGCUCUCCCAGGAUGGGCUGUGUGUGCUCCCAGCUGAUUGUCACUGUCACUUCCAGCCAAGAGCCAUGGGGAUCCCUGAGAACCAGAGCCGGUCAGUAGGGUCCACACUCAGCUCCUGGGAGAGCCUGGAGCCCGGACAGGUGGUGACUGGGCCCUGUGACAACUGCACCUGUGUGGCAGGCGUCCUGCAGUGCCAGGAGGUGCCUAGCUGCCCUGGUCCUGGGAUGUGGAGCUCCUGGGGGCCCUGGGAGAAAUGCAGCGUCUCCUGUGGGGGAGGAGAGCAGCUACGUUCCAGGUACUGUGCGCAACCUCCCUGCCCCGGCCUGGCCAGACAGAGCCGAACUUGCCACACCCAGGUCUGCAGAGGCUGCCCACUGGGCCGACUGUACCGUGAAUGCCAGCCUGGCGAGGGGUGCCCCUUCUCUUGUGCUCACAUCACGGGGCAGGUGGCCUGCUUCUCAGACAGCUGUGAGGAGGGAUGUCACUGUCCCGAGGGCACCUUUCAGCAUCGCUUGGCCUGUGUCCAGGAGUGCCCCUGUGUGUUGACAGUCUUGCUGCUGCAGGAGCUGGGGGUGGCAAGCACUGCCCCUGGGGUCAAUCCAAUUCUUCUGGGAGAUGAGGGCCAGACCCUUAGACCUGGAGAUGAGCUGCACCCAGGCCAGAAGUUCCAAACAGUCUGUGGCAACUGCUCCUGUGCUCACGGGAAGCUGUCCUGUUCUGUGGAGGAAUGCUCCAGGCUCCGUGGCAGUUUCGGUCCCUGGGGCAUGUGGAGCCUGUGUUCCCGCUCCUGUGGUGGGCUGGGUACCCGCUCCCGAACCCGCCAGUGUCUCCAUCCCAUACUUGUUCCUGGUGGACUGGGUUGCCAUGGGCCCCUCCAGGACCUGGAACACUGCUUCAGCCCGGAUUGCCCUGGGACUUCAGGGUCCACGGUGGAACCGGAACCAGUGACAGGCCUUGCAGGUGGCUGGGGCCCAUGGUGGCCAUGGUCUCCCUGUUCCCACAGCUGCACAGACCCUGCUCACCCUGCAUGGCGCAGCCGCACACGUCUCUGCUUGGCCAACUGUACAGUGGGGGAGUCCUCACAAGAGCGCCCCUGCAACCUCCCUUCAUGUACAGCGCUGCCCCUGUGCCCUGGCCCUGGCUGUGUGUCGGGGAACUGUUCCUGGACAUCCUGGGCCCCAUGGGAGCCUUGCUCCCGCAGCUGUGGGGUGGGUCAGCAGCGUCGCCUACGUGCCUAUCAUCCCCCUGGGCCUGGUGGACACUGGUGCCCUGACAUCCUGACCGCAUACCAGGAGCGCCGCUUCUGCAACCUGCGUGCUUGUCCAGUGCCUGGGGGCUGGUCCCGCUGGAGCCCCUGGUCCUGGUGUGAUCGCAGCUGUGGAGGGGGCCGAUCCCUGAGAAGCAGAAGCUGCUCAAGUCCACCACCCAAGAACGGGGGAGCAUCCUGUGUCGGGGAGAGGCACCACAUCCGGUCCUGCAAUCCCAUGCCUUGCGAGGAAGGGUGCCCAGCAGGCAUGGAGAUGGUGAACUGUGCCAACCGCUGCCCACGCAGCUGCUCAGACCUGCAGGAGGGAGUCAUGUGUCAGGACGAGGCAUGCCAAUUGGGCUGUCGCUGCUCUGAAGGGCUUCUGGAGCAGGAUGGUGGCUGUGUGCCAGCUGGGCACUGUGAAUGCACAGAUGCCCAGGGCCGCAGCUGGGCCCCAGGGAGCCAGCACCAGGACGCCUGCAACAACUGUUCUUGUCAGGCUGGGCAACUCUCCUGCACUGCUCAGCCCUGCCCACCUCCUGCCCACUGUGCCUGGAGCCACUGGUCUGCCUGGAGUCCCUGCAGUCACUCGUGUGGCGCUCAAGGGCAACAGAGUCGCUUUCGGUCCUCCGCAUCAGGCUCGUGGGCCCUGGAGUGUCAGAAGGAGCAGUCACAGACCCGACCUUGCCCCGAGGACCCCUGUCCACCCCUGUGCCUACAUGAAGCCCGCCUUCGUGCCCUGGGGGACACCUGGCUACAGGGAGAGUGCCAGCAAUGUUCCUGCACCCCAGAAGGAGUGAUCUGCAAAGACACUGAGUGUGCAGUGCCUGGAGGCUGGACGUUGUGGUCCGCCUGGUCCCACUGCUCUGUCUCCUGUGGAGGUGGAAGCCAGGUUCGCACACGCUCCUGCAUGGUGUCAGCCCCUCAGCAUGGGAGCCUCCCUUGCCAGGGCCCAGACACCCAGACCCAGCAUUGUGGGCAGAAGCUGUGCCUGCAGCCACAGGACACCUGCUCCUGGGGACCGUGGGGACCCUGUUCCCGCAGCUGUGGCACAGGCCUGGCCGCCCGCUCUGGGUCCUGUCCCUGUCUACUGACCAAAGAGGACUCCACCUGUAAUGGCACAUUCUCACACCUGGACACCCAGGCCUGCUACCCAGGGCCAUGCCAGGAGGACUGUAUGUGGAGUGACUGGAGCCGCUGGACACGCUGCUCCUGUAAGGUCCUAGUACAGCAGCGGUACCGGCACCAGGUGCCAGCACCUGGCCGGCCUGGAGAGGGCGCCCCUUGCACACGUCUGGAUGGCCACUUCCGGCCAUGCGCCAUUGGCAACUGCUCCGAGGACAGCUGCCCACCUCCCUUUGAGUUCCAGUCUUGUGGCUCCCCCUGUGCUGGGCUCUGCGCCACACAUCUGAGCCGUCGGCUUUGCCAGGACCUGCCGCCUUGCCAGCCUGGCUGCUACUGCCCUAAGGGCCUGCUGGAGCAGGCUGGGGGCUGCAUCCCCCCAGAGCAGUGUAACUGCUGGCUCACCUCAGGAGAGGGAGCUAGGGUGACCCUGGCCCCUGGGGACCGCCUGCAGUUAGGCUGUAAGGAAUGUGAAUGCCAGAGUGGAGAGCUGCAGUGUUCCAGCAGAGGGUGUGAAGGUCUUCUGCCUUUGACUGGAUGGUCAGAGUGGUCACCUUGUGGGCCCUGCCUGCCCGGAAGUGCCCUGGCUCCGGCCUCCAGGACUGCCCUGGAGGGGUACUGGCCUCUGAACACGGCAGGCCUCCCUUCAGCCUCAGUCACCCUGCUGGCUUCAGAGCAGUACAGGCACCGCCUCUGCUUGGACCCUGAGACAGGGAGGCCCUGGGCUGGAGAUCCUGCCCUUUGCACUGUGCCCCUCAGCCAGCAGCGCCUCUGCCUUGACCCUGGAGCCUGCAACGACACAUGCCAGUGGGAUCCCUGGGGACCUUGGAGCCCCUGCCAAGUGCCCUGCAGUGGAGGAUUCAAGCUGCGCUGGAGAGAGGCCAGAAACAGCUCUGGAGGAGAGUGCCGAGGACCGUGGGCUCAAACAGAAAGCUGCAAUGUGGGGUCUUGCCCAGGAGAAAGCUGUGCGACUCAGGACGCCGUGUUUACCCUGGACUGUGCCAACCAAUGCCCUCGCAGUUGUGCUGACCUCUGGGAUGGUGUUCAGUGUCUACAGGGACCCUGCAGCCCAGGUUGCCGAUGUCCCCCUGGUCAGCUGGUGCAGGAUGGACGCUGUGUCCCUAUCUCCUCGUGCCGCUGUGGCCUGCCCCCCAAUGCCUCAUGGGAGCUGGCCCCCACACAGGUGGUCCAGCUGGACUGCCAUAACUGCACAUGCAUAAAUGGGUCCCUGGUGUGUCCAUACGUUGAGUGUCCAGUCCUGGGACCUUGGUCAGCCUGGAGCGAGUGCUCAGCUGUCUGUGGCAGGGGCACCAUGGUACGCCACAGAAACUGUGAGGAGCGUCCCGAGGGUGUGCCAUGCCAGGUCCUGGACGUGCAGCAAUGGCAAGAGUGUAACCUGCAGGCCUGCCCUGAGUGCCCACCCGGGCAGGUGAUCAGUACCUGCGCCACUUUGUGCCCGAGCCUCUGCUCCCACUUGCAGCCUGGCACUGUCUGUGUGCGGGAACCCUGCCAGCUUGGCUGUGGCUGCCCUGGGGGACAGCUGCUCCACAAUGGCGCAUGCAUUCCCCCUGCUGCCUGCCCCUGCACCCAGCUUUCCCUGCCCUGGCACCUCACCCUACCCUUGGAAGAGCAGGCCCGGGAGCUGCCCCCAGGAACUGUGCUCACCGGGAACUGCACACACUGCACCUGUGAAGGUGGAGCCUUCGUUUGUGCUGUCACCGACUGUCAGGAGUGCCCUCCUGGGGAAAUAUGGCAGCAUGUUGCCCCUGGGGAGCUGGGGCCUUGCGAGCAGACAUGCCCGGAAACGAACAUGACACUGGCUUGGAGAAACUGCACCAAACAGGCUCCAGGCUGUGUGUGUCAGCGGGGGCACUUCCGCAGCCAGACAGGUCUCUGCGUUCCCGAAGACCGCUGUGAAUGCUGGCACCAUGGGAGUCUCCACUUGCCUGGAUCUGAAUGGCAGGAGGCCUGUGAGAGCUGCCGCUGCCUUCGUGGGAGGAGUGUCUGCACUCGACACUGCCCAGGCCUCACCUGUGCUCAGGGCGAAGUGAUGGCGCAGGAGCCGGAGAGCUGUUGUCCCAUUUGUCAACAGGACCCUCGGGGUAUGGAGAAGGAGGAGCCAGCCUCCUGCAGGUACCUCACAGAGCUCAGAAACCUCACCAAGGGUCCCUGCCACCUGGAUCAGGUAGAAGUGAGCUACUGCAGUGGAUACUGCAGGUCCAGCACCAACGUCAUGACUGAGGAACCCUACCUGCAGAGCCAGUGUGACUGCUGCAGCUACCGUCUGGAUCCCGACAGCCCCGUGCGGAUCCUGCAUCUCCAUUGCCCAGACGGCCACACAGAGCCAGCGGUGUUGCCAGUGAUUCACAGCUGCCAGUGUAGUGCCUGCCAGGGUGGUGAUUUCUCAAAGCACUGACAUGCUCUGUUGGAUGCAUCCACUGUUGUCUCUCCUGCAACACUCUGUGGCACUCCCUGCUUCCUUCGGCGCCCACUUACCCAUCUCUGACCUGUGAACCAUGGUCUGGUGUUAGCAUAUUCCAAAUAAAGGCAUGCU